AGGUUUUAACACAGGUCUCAUGUCAAUCAAUACCAUCAAGAAGGUUUGGCCUUUGCUCACUCAAACGCCAGUCCCACUCUUCCACUUGGUGUAUCUAUUUUUAUUUCUUGCUUUUGAGGUAUUCUGCAUCUGUCAGUUUUAAUUAUAUUAAGUAGCUUUAAAUUUUAAUGCAGCAGAAAAGCCAGUUAAAUGUGCAGGAGACAAAAGACAGAAGAAUCAGUUAAGGUAUCGGUAUCAGUGAAAACGAAAUCACAUGAGUAUAUUGCUUUCACAGUUCUGGCCAAAGAUAAUGAUUGAACUGUCAGAUCUGAGGGAAUUUUAUGACCCUGAUACAGUUGAAUUAAUGAACUGGAUAAAGUCAAAAACAUCCAAAAAUGCGGUAUUUGCUGGAAGUAUGCAAUUAUUAGCAGGGGUCAAACUGUGUACUGGGAGAUCCAUAACUAAUCACCCUCAUUAUGAAGACAAAAAGUUAAGAGAAAGAACAAAACAGAUCUAUCAGAUAUACUCCAAAAGGUCUCCAGAAGAGGUAUACAAUAUCCUACGGAUAUAUGGAACAGACUACAUUCUCCUUGAGGACAGUAUUUGUUACGAAAGGAGACACAGUAGAGGCUGCCGUUUGAGAGACCUGCUUGAUGUCGCAAAUGGUCAUGUAAUGGAUGGUCCUGGAGCAAAUGAUCCUGAUUUGAAGCUUUCUCCUUAUCCACGCUUUUGUGAUGAAAUAAAAUAUAGUAAACCUCCCUAUACACUUUAUUUCUCUCGUGUGUUUAAAAACAAAACAUUCCACAUUUACAAGCUAAAGAAGAAGAAAAAUGUACAUUAUUAGAAUGUUUGCAGCUAUUCAUUACAUUGCGAAAGAAUAGGUGUUGGCUAUACAAGUAGAAAAUACAAAACUGCAUUUAUGGAAGGACUAAUCUUGUGUUUGGAAUUGAGUACUUAUCUGCUGAAUUCCAGAAUUAAUUAUCAUACACUUUGGAUUGAAACUUAAGAUAAUAGUCAGAUAAAGACCUUUUUCAUUUAAAUGUUUACUAGUUCAAACAGAGUAUUUUUCUUUUAAGUUUCUAUUCAUUUCACAUAAUUCAUAUUUCAUUCAUACAAGCUGACUUUUUCUCCUAGAAAUUGAAUGUUAUGUUACAGAUAUCAGCAAAAAGGUUUUUGUUAUCCUAUCUUUGAAUUAAUGGCUGUAUUUAUUUGAAUUGUUAAUACAUAUUGCCAUUGGAGACACAUUUCUUACAGGUUUUUUUAGAAGUUUAUCUGCAUAAUCACAUACUUGUAUGCAUUCUGUGCUUUAUGUCAUGUGACAAUUUUUUUUGUUACCAUUCAUGUAAAACAAGUUACACUUUCAGUUAAAAUCUGUGAUCAGAUUAUUGGUAAUGUAAAUGGUCUUAAAUUAUAGCAUGUUAACACCUCUACAUAAAUUGUGCCAAACUAAAUGAUUAAAGUUGUUGGGCAGUAUCACAAUGUAAGAAAUAUUUUUAUUAUGAUGCUGUCCACUGUUAUGAGCCUUUUUGUGUACUUUAAAAUUACUGAAUUAAUGGACCACUUCAGCUGACAAUGGAGGAAAUUUUUAGCUGAUAGUUUUGCUUUUCCCACCAAAUACAUAUGCAAGCCUCCGAAUUGAUGGCUAUAUGUUGUAGCAUUAUCCAUUUCUGGAAAACGUUUAGUUCAGCUGAAUGUAAAACUGAUAAGAUUUUUGGAUACAGUAAUUGCAUGAUUAAAAUUAUUGCUUGUAACUAAAUACUGGCAACAACUAAUAAGACUAACACUACUGAGAUGUGUUGUAUAAUAUCGGCCACACUUCUGGAAACCAGAGUGGUUAGCUUUUUUUUUU